GAUCAAACAAAAAUCAAGACCCAAUUACUUCUUAAUCUCUCAAUCAACACCUACAAUUCACAUAUUCAUCCUUUAUUCCUCCUCCCCCUCCCUUCCCCUCCCAGUGACCUUCUCGUGUCUUUGUUAUUUCUCUCACCCACCGCCAGAGGAAACCGUCGGCGAAAGCGUAGCACAAUCGCUUCGAUUCUUGGUGAAACGUUGUCGACCCACCGGCUAAACUGCCUCGGCUUCCGUCGACCCUAAUUAUCUUCAUUGGAAUCCAUUUCUAUCAGCUCAGAGUUGUGGUUGAAUCUUGAUUGUUAUUCCUAAUGCAACGUCAAAGGAGUAUCUUUGAUACCUUCCCUGAAACCGUUGAUCUUAACCAGGGUCCUAAUCAUGGUAUGAACGAGUCUGAUGAACACAACAUCAGGUUAUCCCCCACUGAAAGACGCCUCUUAAGUAAUGAUCUUUCUGGUGAACUAAAUUUCAAUUGUGAAAACACAAAUGAUCACCAUAACUCUCGAAGUUUCAGUAGCUGGGAUGUAGGCGAAUCAAGCUCUAGACCAAAUGAACAAGAUUCAAGAUAUAAAGAACGACAAUUGGAUCCACCAAAUACUCAAUUCCAUUCCACUCCUAAUCACAUUCCCAUGGAUGUAAAUCUGAAUCUUGAAUAUGGGGGUAAUAGUAAUAGUAGUGGAAAUGAUGGUGAACAGGGUUUCAGAUUCAUGAAUCUUUACAAAUCAGGUACUCCUGAAAUGGAGUCUGAUGAACAUGAACAUGAACAUGAACCAGAUUGUUCUUUUGGGAAUUGGGGUCUCUCUUGUAAAAGAAAAGCAUUAGAAGGUACUUCUUCCAGCAGUGCAAGUCAACCUUCACCAGUGGUCAACUCUCCAAGUGCCUUUACUCCUCCGAUUGCAACUGAGAGCUCACGAAGAUACAAUGGAAUCAGAGAUUCCGGUUCCGGACCUUUUAACAUAUCAUCAACCGGAACCCCUGGAAACUCAUUGCCUUUUAGACGACUUCCACAUAGUGAGUAUCUUGGUCAACCAUCUAGAGGACCAAUUUUGACUCCUCCCAAUUCUAGUCAACCCUUAAAUGUUCAACCACCUUUAGUUCAAGUUCCAGGAAUGCCAAGAAACCUAAUUCCCUUUUCAAGAAAUGGAAGUUCAUCAAGAAACAAUGAGCAAAAUUCUUACUUUGGUCCUUCAAAUGAGACAAGAAAUAUGGUGCAAGAUCCCACUAAUUGGAGCUUAGCAACUGGGAGAUCAAACAGUAAUGGAGGUAAUAAUUACAGAAAUGACCCUGUUUGGAUACCUCAUGUAAGCUCUUCUGGGACACAUGGUCAGCAAAGGUUGACUGAGCUUCCUCCUUGGACUCUUUUCCCUUCUUCUGAGGUCGAGUCUGUGGGCCAUAGAGGUCAUUUUCCCAUUUUGCCCUCGGGGUCUUCUUCUUCCUCAGAGGAGAAUGUGUUACCUAGCCGGGGGCGUCAUCGUCAACAUUUUUUAAGGUCAGGACCUUUGAUGGAGGUGCCUGGUGAUGAGUGGCAGGCUUUUGCUUCUGAUAUUGAGGGAAGACAUAGGCUGGUUUCUGAGAUGCGUCAGAUUUUGAAUGCAUUGCGAAGAGGUGAAAGCUUACGAGCUGAGGAUUACAUGCUCUUUGAUCCAUUUAUAAACGGGGUUUCUGAGCUACAUGACAGGCACAGAGAUAUGAGGCUAGAUGUUGAUAACAUGUCUUAUGAGGAACUUUUGGCACUUGAAGAACGUAUAGGAGAUGUGAAAACUGGGUUGAGUGAGGAAGUUAUCAUGAAAUCAAUGAAACAAAGAAAACACAUAUCUUUCAUGGCUAUAUCAACCCAAAAUUUGGAGCCAUGUUGCAUAUGUCGGGAAGAAUAUAUUAACGGAGAUAAUAUUGGGAGCUUGGAAUGUGGACAUGAUUUCCACACAAGUUGCAUUAAGCAGUGGCUUUCACAGAAAAAUCUAUGCCCAAUUUGCAAGAUGACUGGCCUUUCUACUUGAUAUAUUUGAAUUUCUAUGCUUUUGUUGAGAGACAAAAAGACAUGAUAUUCUUCUAUGUUCACUUGUCUUUUUCAAUCCCCCGAUUUUUUUGUUUGUCAAAAUUGGGGGUUUGCAAGAGAAAGGAGGAGGAGGAAGUAAUAAUGGUAUAUGUUAUAAACAGAUUUGGUUGUCAAUUUGAAAAUGAUCUGGAUAAUUUAAUGACUUGUUAUUUUAUUUCUUCAUA